GUUAAUAGAGAGAGAGAGGAAGCUUCCUUUGGUCAACCUUAGAGGACAUAGAGAGAUGGGAAUUUUUCAUAUAUAGUUCCACAGUUUAGAUUCGUUUUCUCUGCAUCAUUCCUUCCUUUGAUUCAACUCUUUCCCCUCCAUAAGAAUUCUCCAUACCCUUUAUUUUUUCUCCACUUGUUCCAACAUAUAUCUCAAUACUUUGUCCUAGUUCUUCAUGAUCACUAGGUUUUACAAAAUGGGUUUAGAAGAUGUUUGUAACACUGGCCUUAGUCUUAGCUUAGGUUCUCUUGAUCACAGGCCCGAGAAUCAUUUGCUUCAUCAUCAAAAUAAGAAGAAAUCGUCACUAAAAUCCGAUGAUCAUCCCUUGUUAUUUCCAUCUCUUGCACUCGGCUUAUCAUCAAAUGAAACAUAUCGAACAGCUCUAAAAAUCGAUGUGAGUAAAGUGCACGGCGAAGCCACGACUGUUUUGCAACGACAGGCCUCUUUGCUGAGUGCAGUAUCAUCAUAUUCUAACUCCAGUAUGAAGAAGGAGAGAGUUGACCUAAGUGGUGAAGAGAUAGAGAUGGAGGUAGAGAAAGUCUCUUCAAAGUUGAGUGAUGAUCAUGAUCAUGAUCAUGAUCAAGAAUAUGAGGAGGGUAGUGCAAGGAAGAAACUUAGACUCACCAAAGAACAGUCUCUUGUUCUAGAGGACAACUUCAAAGAACACAGCACUCUCAAUCCUAAACAAAAGCAGACCUUAGCAGAACAGCUGAAUCUACGGCCACGACAAGUAGAAGUUUGGUUUCAGAACAGGAGAGCAAGGACUAAGAUGAAGCAAACUGAAGUAGAUUGUGAGGUAUUGAAGAAGUGUUGUGAAGCACUAAGAGAUGAGAACAGAAGGCUACAGAAGGAGCUGCAUGAACUCAAAGCACUGAAACCGAUGGCUUCUUGUUAUAUGCAACUUCCAGCUGCCACCCUUACCGUGUGCCCAUCCUGUGAGAGAAUUGGUGGCAGUGGCAGUGGCGAAAGCACGUCUAAAAAGCCUUUCCCAAUCAGAACAAGGCCUCAGUUUUACAAUUCCUUUAGCCAUCCAUCAGCAGCUUUCUAGGAAAAUUACCAUGCCAGAACAUCUUUUUUCCGUUCGAGGCUUUGGAUUCCCUCUAAAAUAUGAAUUUUGUAAGCGUAGCUCCCUUUCUCUAGAUCUAUGUGUUGUACAUAGAUAUGUUAGUGAAUCUUUAAUCUAUGAAAGGACGUUUUUUUUUUUU